GUUGACGUUAAUGCUCUCUGACUGACAUUGUUUUGACCAAUAGCAGAUCAGAUUAGUAUCUACCCGCCCCCAGUUGUCCAAUCAGGAUCUAGAUCCCGCCCAGCGAGCUAGAAGGAUAUGUUGUCCUGUGAGUUUCACUCACACAGAUCCCAACUUGUCCGGUUGCGAGCAGUUUGCUUCUCAAGAACUUCUAAAACAUUGCAAGCAACACCAUGAACAGUUUAAUCAGAUCCACCGCCAGGUGUUUACGGUCCGGGGCGACCGUGUGCUUACUCAGGCCGGCCGACGGACCAGCGCGGGCAGCCUCGGCCCGGUUCUUGUGCGAGGCGGCGGACCUCCAGAAGGACCUUGGUGAGCUCGUGAAGAAGGACAAGGUGGUGGUCUUUAUGAAGGGGACCCCGGCACAGCCCAUGUGUGGCUUCAGCAACGCCGUGGUCCAGAUCCUCCGGAUGCACGGGGUGGACCGCUACGCUUCUUAUAACGUCCUGGAGGACCAGGAGCUCAGAGAAGGAGUCAAAGUGUUUUCCAACUGGCCCACCAUCCCUCAGGUCUAUUUCAACGGCGAGUUCGUGGGAGGCUGCGACAUCCUGCUCCAGAUGCACCAGAACGGAGAUCUGGUGGAGGAGCUGAAGAAGCUCAACAUCCGCUCAGCUCUGCUGGACGCCGAGAAAGAAUCCAAGUAAAAAAAAAAAGUGAGAGCAGAGAAAAAGACCGAAGACACAUUCAUCAGAUCCACAUUUCCCUCACCUCAUUUUGAACGAUCGGAGAUAAACCGGCUCUCCACCCUACCCUCCCUGUGGCAGUAUACUGAUCCAAUUAUUCUUGCACAUAUUAAGCAGGUUUUACAGAUAGUUAACCGUUAAACACUUUAAAGUGUUUUUUUUUUAAUCUGUUACAGUCAUAUUUAUUUACCAAACAGUCCAAAAAAUAUAAUCAAUCAUAUCGGCUUUAAUAUUCUUGUCUUUUGCCAAAUCAGAAACGUUUGGGUGUUAUUGAAGGGACAGAGCUCAAUAUCAACGUCACCACGGCUUCCUCCCACGUUACCCUCAGAAAUCUCACCUCCACAUUUUGUUCCCCUGAAACUGCGACCGACCGACGGAGCUCUGCUCAUUACAAAGCCGCCUGCCGUGGAAAUGUUGCAGACACACUUAAACCUUCCAGAUGCACUGCCUGUAGCUCCACCACUCGAGCACCAAGAGGAAAAUGGAGAUUAGGGCAAAAAAACAAAACAAAAACCCUCCUCUUCCUCUUCUUGCUGUGAUUUACAUACAAAGUCUACCCACUGUGUUUUUUUUAAUGCUGAUAUCCGCUGAGACGCACCAAACACACCUUGCCUCUUCUUCUUCUUCUUCCCUGACUGACUCCCAGUCCUCCUGGACAAAGCCGAGCAGUUAGUUUGCUGCGUCUGUCUUAGUCCGACCGGUCGGUUUCUUUCAUCACUGAAGGAAUUUUUUUUUUUUUUCUAAAUAUAUUUUGUUUUGGAGCGUUCUUGUUGAAUCAGCUACCAACAGUUGUAUUAUGAAAUGAGCAUGUAGUACGCUGUAAGAUAUUGUACAUUUAAAGCCUAUUGUUAAAUGUAUUUUAGGAACGUGUUAAUCGUGCAACAAUUAAAUAUUUUCAGACGCA